AUGGUAGCUGAGCUGGUGUCGCUUACUUAUGUUGCGUUUGCGGCAGUGUUCUUCUGUUCCAUCUAUUGUUGUGCAACAUCCAGACGCGGCAUGGGAGGAGGGGAUGAAGAUGCAGAAGAGGAUUCUGAGAAGUCGGAGACGACCACGUCCAGCAUCGCUUGUCAUGAACGUUUAUCGGCCAGUGGCAGUAAGAAAAAGAAGAAAAAAGAAAACUUUCGCCCUCAAAACGAUAACGAAACGGUCGACGAAUUCGUGAGCAACUGGAAAGGACCACUGAAUAUUCCGCCACCACCACCACCACCGCUUCCUGGAUCAAAGCCACGGACACCCAAGAGAGGGAAGUUAGGAAACCAAGAAAAGAAGGGACCACUAAAGAUACUCAUACCUCAAGCCGGCUACAUUUAUAAUAAGGAAGACUUCUUUUCGUUGCCUGGAGUUGCACCUGGCCAACCCCCACCUCCACCUCCACCACCAGCUUUCCAUCCUCCUCCACCACCACCACCAGCUUUUCCCCCUCCUCCACCACCAGCUUUUCCUCCUCCUCCACCACCACCACCCCCACCGCCACCUCCACCACCACCACCGCCGCCACGUCCAGGGGAUCCAAAUCCACAACAAUUUGACCCGUACUUUUGUUUACCAACACAAAAAUAA